AUGGCAGCCUUACCGCACCAACUUGAACAGAUCGAAGGACUGGGUCUAACGGUUUACGCCGAUGACGUGACCAUUUGGACGCAGACCGGAGACCUGUACCAACAACAAGAAACGCUACAAGCAGGCUUGGACGUCAUCGAGAAUCACCUGCGGAAGGUGGGACUCAGUGCGGCACCGGAGAAGACCAAGUAUGUGGUCCUAGCCCCUUUUAAGGAGAGAACAGAAAAGAUUGGAGAGAAGAUGACCCUGGUGCUGGCUGGGAAAAGGAUUCUCCCGUCUCGAGAGGUCAAAGUGCUUGGUCUGGUCUUCGAGGAGACUGGUACAGGGGACAUCUGGCUUCAACAAACAAGCAGACAUUGCCACUCAGCGCUGGGAGUCAUCCGCAGACUAUGCAGCGUUAGAGGGGGAGCGACUCUAGAGGUGGCCAAGAACAUGGUCAAGGCACUCGUGACAUCGCGGGUUUGCUAUGGCGCGAGACACUACAAUCUAACCAAAGUUCAGUGGGAAAGACUCGAGACACUCAAUAGGCAUGCGAUGAGAGUGAUUACGGGCCUACCCUUUUUUACUAAAAAGAUAGAAUUAAAGAAAUGGGCGCAGCUCAACACUUUACAGGACACGGUCCAGGCCAGGGUCGUGGCGCACGAAGACUUCAACACACAAAGCAAGGAAGACAGAUCCUGGGGCCGCUAG